AUGACGGAGCGCUCUGUGAACGCACAAGAAGACCACAGUCCUCCACGACAAUCAAGGCCGAGUUCACAGAGACACCCGCCUCCUGAUGUGCAUGAUGGCACCUUCACGAGGACCCCGCGUCUCUCGGCUGCCUCUGUGUUAACAGCAGGAGUCGAAGCAAGCCCCCGAAGUCCUCGGCGACUAUCUGGUGCCGCGACUGCACGAGAACGGCCCCUUAGUCCCUCGACAACUCCUCAGAAGAAUAGUUCUGCAACUCUGCAGACCGCAAAGGAUGGAACUAGAAGCGUGCUGCAUAUUCAUUCGCCCCCAAGCCAGGUGCAGGCAAGUCCUUCUACAAUCUUCUCCACAACGAUUCAGGAUCUCGAAAGGUUGCUGAAUGAAGCAUUGCACAUUGCUCGAGUCGCCGCCGAUGACCAUGAUGAAGCUGAACUUCCCACGACUGUACCACAGUCUGUUGAUGCCUCGGCACCUCUUCAGAAUCACGAUCUAGCAGCGCAGACUGGGGGUGUGAAGGCUGAUCCUGGAGGACAACCAUCUGUACCAUCACACAAGCUAUUUUCAGUACCACAAGGCAUAACUACUGCUGACGGUUCAAGACAAUUCAACAAGCAAGAUCCUGUCAAGGCAUGUGGCCCUGUCAACCCAGGAAGCCCGGAGUUAGAAUCUUCGAUUGCCAAUCCUCAGGUACCGUACGUCAUGCAACGAGACUGGGCAGAGCCCCUGCGCCGUCGUAAAUCUUUACAAAGGGUUGGAGGGCCUGCAAGACUAUCAGCCCCUACGUCAGCUUCUGUAAGCCUGAAGGAGCCUUUCGACCAUAUUUUGCGUCGCAAAGCAUCGAAACAAGACCUUCCGCGCCAAAAUCGGGUGGCUAAGAAGGCUAGGAGGUCUAUCCAUAUACCGACGCUCCCCCGAUCGACUUCGAGACAUUACAAGCGACUUAAAGGCAGUGAAGAUGAUUUUGAAACCGCAUUGGAGCUUGAAAACAUGUCGAGGCACCAAGAAGAGGCUGCAUCUGUACACGGGGAUCCCAGUCCAAUCAGUGAUGUCGACACAGCCGACCGCUUCAAGGAGAUGUUUGGGCUUGAAUCGAGUUAUGGUAGUAGCCCGCCAGCUGGACCGAAGCACUCACAGCACAUCGAUCUGAAUGGAUGCAGACACGUGGACGUCAAAGGGCUGCACGAUUUCAACGUCCAUCAUACAUGGAAGCAUCAACCAGUUGCUCGUGACUGGGAAAUCUCUCGAAAACGCUUCGCUGCCACCAUUGCUUGCAUUAAUACCUUACUCAUUGGUGUCGUUAUUGGAAUCUACGCUGGAGAAGUGCCGGCUAUACAGUAUAUGAUCGUUGACCUUGGUCAUCUCACAAUCUUGGGCAAUGUAGUCCUGUACAUUGGCCUUGCCAUUCCGACCCUUCUUCUCUGGCCCCUACCUCUGAUGCAUGGAAGGAAGCCAUAUACCAUUAUGGCACUCGCAGUAGCUCUCUGCCUACAAAUUCCGCAGGGCAUUGCAGUCUCGGAUUUCCGUUCUCCACACAUCUCAACCUACCGCAGAGUACUUCUCUUGUCCAGAGCGGUCUCCGGUUUUGCUCUUGGAUUUGUGAACAUCAACUUGCAGGCUACGCUGCUUGAUCUCUUCGGAGCAUCGCUGCAAAGCAGUAACCCACAUCAAGAGAUAGUAGAUCUAUAUGAUGUUCGUCGCCAUGGCGGAGGGAUGGGUUUAUGGCUUGGGUUGUGGUCGUGGUGCUCUGUUGGCUCCAUCAGCAUUGGCUUCUUCAUUGGCACCCUUGUCGUCGACAAUGCAGAUGUAGCAUGGGGUUUCUGGAUAUCUCUCAUGCUCAUGAUGGUAGUCCUCUUGCUCAACGUCAUUGGUCCGGAAGCCCGACGAUCAGCCUAUCGCCGCACAGUUGCAGAGGUGAUGCGUGACGGAGGCCACAUAAAUCGUGUCUCACGCGGCGAGGUCAAGAUGCACUUGAAGUCUGCCGGCCCGUACUGGUGGGGCGAAGAGGUCAAAGCUGGGAUAGAGCUAAGUUGGAAGAUGUUUCGACAACCAGGGUUCGCAGUGUUGGCUGUCUACAUAGGAUGGACUUACUCCCAUUUUACUCUGAUCUUGAUGCUUCUGGGGGCACUAACCUCCAAGCAGUACCGGUACAGACCUGUCCACGUCGGGCUGUGCGUGCUAUCCAUUGGUACUGGGGCCCUGCUAGCGACGCCCUUCCAAAAAGCUUCAUUCUUCAGUCGCGCAAGACGUCAUCGACAGCGAACGGAUAGCAUGACCUUCCAGAAAUCGGUUGUCUGGUCUUCUCAUUUGGUGCGUCGUGUCAUAUUCACCCUGCUCCUACCUUUUGCCGGUGUAGGCUACGCGCUGGCUUCGAGAGGUCCAACAAUCUCUGUAGCCUUGCCGACAGUGUUCGCUGGAUGCGUUGGCUUUCUCUCAAACCUCGCCAUCGCUGAAUGCCAAGGUCUCAUCAUGGAAACAUUUGAUACCUCGGACCUGCAGCCUGGUAUGAUCGGCCGGCCCACUCGCCGCACGACUUCUAGGGAGCGUGAACAGCGCACCAACUUCUCUUGUUACCCUCGUGUGAGUGCUGGAUUUGCGGUCAGUCAGACUCUGAGCUUCUGCUUUGCAGCAAUUGCCACAGGCGUUUGCGGACGAGUGGAGCGGAGACUGGGAGCAAUGCAAGCGACCGGCGUUGUCGCUGGAGUCUUACUGGGCUUGACUUUGCUUUUGACUACGGUUCUUUUCCGCUUCCGGGUGGUCCGAAUGAUUCCAGACCCCCGGCCUACUAUUGAUUACAUGACGAGAACUAGAUCGGGAUGGGAGCCGGUAGUGCUAGGUCGUCCGAGCGGCACGACGCGCAAGAUCAGUAUACUGGAAGCGGGGAAGCUGACGCGAUGGUCAGAGAUUCGCAGGAGGAACAGGUUGACUGGGUGA